UAUAUAUAUUAUAUAUAACAAAAGUUUCAUUUCAUAAUCCUUGGAGCAUCCGAACCAAAUCUUAAGGAUCUAAAGACAUGGCACAUAAUAAUGAGCAUGAAGAUAGGGUAGUUGACAAUGGUUUUGAGUUAGAACAACAUCAUCAUCAUCAACAUGUUCAUGAUGUUGAUGAUGAACAUAAAUUGUCACAACAAAAAGGUUCUAGUAAAAGGUUGUUGAAAGAAGAAGAAGCUUCUAUUGAGAAAGUGUUUAAGCACUUGUUAGUACCAUCAUGGAGGAAUCAGUUAACUAUAAGAGCUUUUGUAGUUAGCUUUUUUCUUAGUGUACUUUUUAGUUUCAUUGUUAUGAAACUUAAUCUUACUACUGGAAUUAUACCUUCACUUAAUGUCUCUGCUGGUCUUUUGGGAUUUUUCUUUGUCAAAACUUGGACUAAGUUUUUGGAAAAAUCUGAUAUGUUGAAACAACCUUUUACUAGACAAGAAAAUACUGUUAUUCAGACUUGUGUUGUUGCUUCUUCCGGAAUUGCUUUUAGUGGAGGAUUUGGAAGUUACCUAUUUGGUAUGAGUGAACAUGUAGCCACUCAAUCCUCAGACACUAGUGAUUUUAAGGAUCCUAAGUUGGGAUGGAUAAUUGCUUUUCUCUUUGUUGUUAGCUUUUUGGGACUCUUCUCAGUUGUGCCUCUUAGAAAGAUAAUGGUUAUUGACUUCAAAUUAACAUAUCCAAGUGGUACUGCAACUGCUCAUCUCAUCAACAGCUUCCACACUCCUCAAGGAGCCAAACUAGCAAAGAAGCAAGUGAAAUUGUUGGGAAAAUUCUUCAGUUUUAGUUUCUUAUGGGGUUUCUUUCAAUGGUUCUAUACAGCUUCUGAUGGGUGUGGAUUUCAAGCCUUCCCUUCAUUAGGACUCAAAGCAUAUGAAAACAAGUUUUAUUUUGAUUUUUCUACACUUUAUAUUGGUGUGGGAAUGAUUUGUCCAUAUAUCAUUAAUGUAUCAGUUCUCCUUGGAGGAGUUCUUUCUUGGGGAGUAAUGUGGCCUCUCAUAGAAACCAGAGAGGGUCAUUGGUACAAAAAAGGCCUUGGUCCCAGCAACCUUCAAGGAAUCCAAGGUUACAGGGUAUUUAUAGCCAUAGCCAUGAUCCUUGGAGAUGGUCUAUACAACUUUGUUAAGGUGCUAACUCAUACCUUAUUGGGUUUGUAUAGUCAACUCCGGGACAAACGAAGGGAAGAUGCUCUACCUGUCGCGGAUCAAGACUCUCCCUCGAGUCCUGAGUUAUCUUACGACGAUCAGCGCCGGAAACAACUCUUUCUUAAAGAUCAGAUUCCUACAUUGUUUGCAGUUAGUGGAUAUGUUGCUAUUGCUGCAAUCUCUACAGCCACAUUGCCAUACAUCUUCCCUCAACUAAAAUGGUAUUACAUACUUGUUAUAUACCUAAUUGCUCCAACCUUAGCAUUUUGCAAUGCCUAUGGUUGUGGACUAACAGAUUGGUCCCUAGCAUCAACCUAUGGAAAACUAGCCAUUUUCUCAAUCGGAGCAUGGGCUGGUGCAUCACAUGGUGGAGUUCUUGCUAGUCUUGCAGCCUGUGGAGUCAUGAUGAACAUCGUUGCGACAGCUUCUGAUCUUAUGCAAGAUUUCAAAACCGGCUACCUUACCCUGGCUUCGCCGCGAUCUAUGUUUGUGAGCCAAAUAAUCGGCACAACAAUGGGGUGUAUAAUUUCACCUUGUGUCUUUUGGAUUUUCUACAAAGCAUUUCCUGACCUAGGAACACAUAAAAGUCAAUACCCUGCUCCCUAUGCAAUUGUGUACCGCAACAUGGCGAUACUUGGAGUACAAGGAUUCAGUUCUUUACCGGAUAAUUGCCUCUUGCUUUGUUAUAUAUUCUUUGGUGCCGCGAUUGUUGUAAACUUGAUUAAGGAUUUGGUUGGUAAGGUAGGGAGGUUCAUACCACUUCCAAUGGCUAUGGCAAUACCUUUCUAUUUAGGACCUUAUUUUGCCAUUGACAUGUGUGUUGGAAGUUUGAUAUUGUUUAUUUGGGAAAAGGUUGACAAGGCUAAGGCUGAUGCUUUUGCACCUGCUGUUGCUUCUGGUUUGAUAUGUGGUGAUGGAAUUUGGACUCUUCCUGCUUCAAUACUUGCUCUUUUUGGAGUUAAGCCUCCCAUUUGCAUGAAGUUCUUGUCAAGGUCCACGAAUGAUAGGGUUGAUACUUUCUUAGGAAAUUAAUUAAUUAGGCUUGUUAUCUUGUGAAAGUUUGAAAGCUUGUUGAUGCAUUGUAAAUCUGCCAAAUUAUACUUUAAGUUUGCAAUUCUUAACUUUCAGUAGUCAUAUAGUUGAAUAGAUCACAGAAAAGAAAAAGUAUUGUUUUUUGUUGAAUGAAUGUUAUAUCAGAGAUAUUAGAAAGAAAUAUGUUUGCAUGAUUUGAUUGCCA